AUGUGCUAUAUUACCAAUACUCAAAACACAGAGGAAUAAAACUAAUAAAGAAACUUCGCUAGGUUCUUUGCUCCUAACUAAAAUUAUUAAUAUCCCUUUGCCUUCUAAUUGAAUGGAAAACCCAUCAACGAAUACUAGGAUGAAUCAAGUGAAGGUUAUGACAGCUAAGAGCAAUACCAAUACGGAUAUCCUAUGUAGUAAUAACAAAACUACGUCUACUUAGACAAUAAGCCUUUUAAUCAAUAUGGAUUCAAUAACUAAAAUGCCUAUAACAAUGAAAACGAAAUUUUCAAUAUCUUGGGUCCUAUCGAAAACAACGAAGUCCAAAAUGUUUAAGAAAGUGGUGAGUUCUACUCCGAUGCUAUCUAUAACUAAGUUUAUAAUGAUAACGAAGCCCCUUUCAUCUUUGCCAAGAAUGAAGAAGAAGUUUUCUACUAACCUCAAUACUAAGAAAAUAACACUUAUAAUCAUUUUGAAGCUCCUAUCUAUAAUAAUAUUCCUGCUCCUUAAAACUAAGAAUAAUUGCAAGCUAACUAUGCUAGUUAAUCUGAAUUCAAUUAAUAGAUUUAAUAUUAUCCUUAAUAAUAACAACCUUAAUUUGUUCCCUAAGGUUAUGAAGUCAAUGGAUAUUAAGAGUAGGUUCCUUAAUAAUAUUAAUUACCUCAAUAUCCCUAAAUGAGUGAAGCUCCUAUUAUUCCUCAAAGUAAUCUCCAAAACUAGUAAUCAGCUUAGAUUUAAUAAAAGCAAGAAUAUUGCAAUGAUGUUUAGAGCUCAUCUAAUCUUGGUGAAGAAGAAAAUAACAAGUAUGACGAUCAAGAAGAUGACGAUUUUGAAAAGGAAGGUUCUGAAGAGUAAAACGAAAUAAUAGAUAAGAUCAAGAAAUCCAACAAGAAGAAUGUUGUAAAAAACAUUAUGAGCGCUUUCAAGCGUUUCAUCCAAGAUAUCUAAUCUGAAACUUCUUAAUCUUCUUCUCCUUCUAACUUAGACUCUUCUUCCAAUUUAAGCUGCAGCACUGCUUCUCUUUAAGCUGCUAAGCCUUCCAAAAUCUCUAAUCUCAAAUAGAAUAUUUCAAACAGUGAUAGUUACCAAAUCAACGUUGCCGUUGAAAGAGAAAAUGUCCUAUCUAUUUACAAUAACUCCAAAGUUAAACCCGAUUCCAUUGAAGAAAUGGGAAAGAAAUUCAAGAGAUACAUUAGCUCUAAACAAUUCAAUCACUACACCAUUCGUCUUCUUGUCUAGCAUCAAAAUUACGGUUAAAUUUUCAAAUACUUCUUAGAAAACCACGCUAACAACUGGUUGAAUAACAGUAAAGUUGAUGAUCCUUAUGGUCACAAAAUUAUGAUUGAAUUCCUUAUGGCUUCUUAUGAAGAUAUUAACAUCAUCGAAAAGCUUAAAAAGCACGAAAAGAGAAAAGCCAUUUACUAAUGA